AGGUAUUUUGGCAGUAGGAUUUGGCAGACGAGGAGGAGCACGUGACAAACCUCACCAUUCAUUAAACAACAGUGCUCUCUGGUGGAGAGAGACACUGUUACAGUGGGCGUAAAGUAGGCGUAAAGUAUCUACAUUUAUCAGCAAAGAUAUUUUCUUUCUUAUCAAAUGUACAACUGUUGGAUAACAGUGGAGGCUUUGUUUGUUUGUACUCCACACUGAGUCACUUGUUAAUCCACCUUUAAUCCAUUUUAUUCCAGGUUUUAAAACAGGAUGUUUCACAAGGUUUCAUAUGCAGACAGCUGGUGUAAAUUUCUUCCUGUUUUUUUAUUAAAUCACUUCGGACAACUUUGGUGAUGCACAUUGCCCUUUAUCCUAUGUCAGUCUGAAGAUUGUGGCUCAGAAGAAUACUCUGUUUCCAUGCGCCCACACAGAGUAAAAUCAUCCGUAAAGAUCACAGAGAGAGGGAAGAGGCAUAACAACCUACCAAGCAAAUGUAGCUAAUCUAGCUAUCAAAUUACCAUGAGGCGGAAGUCAAAUACGGUUCCUGCCCUGGCUUGCCCUCCCUUCUUUCUGCCCUUCUCUCCUUUGAGCAGUCAAACAAAGAAGCUACAGCCUACAGCAACAUUCUCAAACCGAGGAACCCAUCUCAGUGGUGGAGGUGGGUGUGUGUGUGUUCACAGGGCUGAUCUAGGUCAGAGGACAGUAGUAUUUGUCUGCUCAUGAGAAGGGAAUUACGACCUCUAAAAUGAGUCUCUCUGCAGAGAGAGAGGAGGGGGACAGUUUUUCGAAAAAGAUUGUCUCAGGCGAGAAAGAGGAGCAGGAGAGACCAGUAUCUCCUGUACCCAGCUGUGUGUCCAUGAAGAGUGACAUGUCAAUUGAUCAUCCAUUUAACUUCAGUAAAGAACCAUUGUCCAGUGAACAGGGGGUCCAUCAGGAUAGACCAGCAUCUCCUGUACCCAGCUGUGUGUCCAUGAAGAGUGACAUGUCAAUUGAUCAUCCAUAUAACUUCAGUAAAGAACCAUUGUCCAGUGAACAGGGGGUCCAUCAGGAGAGACCAGCAUCUCCUGUAACCAGCUGUGUGUCUGUGAAGAGUGACCAGUCUAUGGGACCACCAAUAAACUUUUCCAGUGAACUGGGGAUCCAACAAGAGAGACCAGUGUCUCCUGUACCCAGCUGUUUGUCUAUGAAGAGUGACAAGUCUAUGGCCCUGCCAAUGAGGUUCAGUAAUGAACCACUUACGUCAAAUAAAAGGGUCCCUCCACUCCCUCAGCAGAGACAGGACUGUCCUCCUUCCUGCACUGUGUCCAUGGAGCCAUAUGAAGGAGCGAAUGUCUUACCCGUAGAUCAGAAAAUGCACCAAAAUGUCAGUGCUGAGGCAGAAAUCCAGGAGAAGCUCAAAUCAACUCUGAAGAAGAGAUUUCAGUGUGUUUUUGAGGGACUAGCACAGCAAGGAAACCCCACACUUCUCAAUGACAUCUACACAGAGAUUUUCAUCACUGAAGGUGGAAGUGGAAAGGUCAAUAAUGACCAUGAGAUAAGACAGAUUGAGGCAGCAUCCAGGAGACCAGCAACACAAGAUACACCAAUCAAAUGUAAUGACAUCUUUAAACCCUUACCAGGACAAGACAGGCAUAUAAAAUCUGCGUUGACAAAGGGAGUCGCUGGCAUUGGAAAGACCAUUUCCGUGCAGAAGUUUAUUCUGGACUGGGCCGAAGGAAAAGCCAAUAAGGAUAUUCAGUUCAUAUUUCCACUUCCUUUUCGUGAGCUGAAUUUGAUGAGGACGGAGAGAUGCAGUUUGAUGGAACUUUUACAAUCUUUUUUCAUGGAAAUUAAAGAAUCCAAAAUGAUUAACUAUGAUGAGUGCAAAGUCCUGUUUGUAUUUGAUGGUCUGGAUGAGUGUCGACUCCCUCUUGACUUCCAGAAAAAUAAGACCUGUUUUGAUGUCUCAGAGUCAACCUCAGUCGAUGUGCUGCUGACAAACCUUUUUAAAGGGAAUCUGUUACCCUCUGCGCUUCUCUGGACAACCUCCCGACCUGCAGCAGCCAAUCAGAUCCCUCCAGAGUGUGUUGACCAGGUGACAGAGGUACGAGGGUUCAAUGACCCACAGAAGGAGGAGUACUUCAAGAAGAGAUUCAGUGAUGAGAACCUGGCCAGCAGAAUCAUCUCACACAUUAAAUCCUCAAAGAGUCUCUACAUCAUGUGCCACAUACCAGUUUUCUGUUGGGUUUCAGCCACUGUUCUAGAGAGAAUGUUGGGUGAAGCAGAGAGUGGAGAGAUCCCCAAGACUCUGACUCAAAUGUGCACACACUUCCUGAUCUUUCAGACCAAACAGAGUACUAAAAAGUAUCUUGGAGAAGAUUACAUUGAUCACCACUGGAAUACAGUAAUGAUAAUGACACUGGGGAAACUGGCUUAUCAACAGCUGGAAAAAGGUAAUCUGAUCUUCUACGAGGAAGACCUAAGAGAAUGUGGCAUUGAUGUUACAGAAGCAUCUGUGUACUCAGGAGUGUGCACACAGAUCUUCAGAGAGGAGAAAGGGCUGUGCCAGGAGAAGGUAUACUGCUUUGUACAUCUAAGCAUUCAGGAGUUUUUAGCUGCUCUGUAUGUGUUUCUCACAUUCAAAAACAACAAUGUAAAUCUUCUCUCUGGAGGUGUAAAUAUUAAGACAAUGUCAGGAGAAACACCUGCAUUGUUUCUACACAAAAGUGCAGUGGACAAGGCCUUACAAAGUAUGAAUGGACACCUGGACCUGUUCCUCCGUUUCCUUCUGGGCCUAUCACUGGAGUCCAAUCAAACUCUCUUACAAGGCUUACUGAUACAGACAGAAAGCAAGUCCCAAAGCAGUGAGGAAACAUCCAAGUACAUAAAGAUGAAGAUCAGGAAGAAUCCCAAUCCAGAGAGGUGCAUUAACCUGUUCCACUGUCUGAAUGAACUGAAUGACAUUUCUCUAGUGGAGGAGAUCCAAAGCUAUCUGAGCUCAGGAAGUCUCUCAAAAGCUGAACUGUCACCUGCACAGUGGUCCGCUCUGGUCUUUGUUUUGCUGACUUCAGUGGAGAAGCAGGAUGUGUUCGAACUGAGAAAGUAUUUCAGAUCAGAGGAGGGUCUUCUUAGGCUGCUACCAGUGGUCAAAGCCACCAGAACAGCAAUCCUGAAAGAUUGUAACUUGACUGAAAGUUGCUGUAAGUCUUUGGCUUCAGCUCUCAGAUCGAGCUCUUCUUCACUGAGAGAGCUGGACCUGAGUGACAAUAAACUGCAGGAUUCAGGAGUGAAGCUGCUCUCUGAUGGAUUGAAGAAUCCAGGUUGUAAAUUGAAGACACUGAGGCUGAAGAGCUGUGGCAUCACAAAGGUUGGCUGUGCUUCUCUGGCUUCAGCUCUAACGUCAAACUCCUCACACCUGAGAGAGCUGGAUCUGAGCAGUAAUAUCCUUGGAGACUCUGGGCUAAAGCUGCUCUCUACUGUACUGGAGGAUCCACACUGUAAACUGGACAUACUGAGCCUUUCUGGUUGUGGAGUCACAGAGGAGGGUUGUACUUCUCUGGCUUCAGCUCUGAGGUCAAACCCCUCACACCUGAGAGAACUCGACCUGACCAACAACCAACCAGGAGACUCAGGAGUGAAGCUGCUCUCUGCUGUCCUGGAGAAUCCACAGUGUAAAUUGCAAAAACUGAAGCUGUAUAACUCUAAAAUCACAGAGGAAGGAUGUUAUUAUCUGGCUUCAGCUCUGAUAACAAACCCCUCACACCUGAGAGAGCUUGACCUAGGUGGAAAUAAGUUAAGAGACUCAGGAAUUAACCAUCUCUCUGCUGCACUGAAGGAACCACAAUGUAAACUGGAAACACUGAGGAUGUUAGGCUGUGGAGUCACAGAGGAGAGCUGUGCUUCUCUGGCUUCAGCUCUGAGGUCAAACCCCUCACAUCUGAGAGAGCUGGACCUGAUCAACAACCAACCAGGAGACUCCGGUGUGAAGAUGCUCUCUGCUGUCCUGGAGGAUCCACUCUGUAAACUGGAAAGACUUUCGCUGAAAUGCUGUAACCUCACUGAGAAAUGCUGUGGGUCUCUGGCCUCAGUUCUUAGCUCAAACUCCUCUAGUCUGAGAGAGCUGCACCUGAGUUACAAUAACCUGCAGGAUUCAGGAGUGAAGCUGCUCUCUGCUGGACUGGGGAAUACACACUGUAAAUUGGAAAAACUGGGGCUGUCAUAUUGUUCGGUCACAUGGGAAGGCUGUGCCUCUUUGGCUUCAGCUCUGAGGUCAAACCCCUCACACCUGAGAGAGCUAGAGCUACAAAUGAAUAAACUAGGAGACUCAGGGGAGAAGACGCUCUCUGAUGUCUUGGAGGAUCCACUCUGUAAACUGGAGAAACUUACUGUAUAAUGUACUCUGUACAACGUUUUUGUCUGAUAAAACUAUUAUGGUACAUUUCCACCUUUUAA